UAAAAAACAAAAAAUGCGUUUAGUAAUUCAAGACAAUGCCGAUUUAGUGACCGACUGGGCUGCUCGAUAUGUUCUCAAACGGGUCAAAGAUUUUAAUCCCGGGCCUGACAACUUUUUCGUCCUUGGCCUGCCAACUGGAAGUACACCACUCGGCAUGUACCGCAAAUUGAUUCAAUUCCACAAGCAAGGCAGAAUUUCGUUCCGUUACGUCAAAACGUUCAACAUGGACGAAUACGUCAAUCUGCCGCGUGAUCACCCCGAAUCGUAUCACUACUUUAUGUGGAACAAUUUCUUCAAGCACAUUGAUAUUCUGCCGGAGAACGUGCACAUUCUGGACGGCAACGCCAGCGAUUUGCAGGCCGAAUGCCUUGCCUACGAGGAGAAGAUUAAAGGAGCUGGCGGAGUCCAUCUUUUCAUCGGAGGAAUCGGCCCUGACGGACAUAUAGCUUUCAACGAGCCCGGCUCUUCCCUCGUAUCCAGAACCCGUUUGAAGACUUUGGCACAAGAUACCAUCAUCGCCAACGCCAGGUUUUUCAACAACGACCUGUCAAAAGUUCCAAAACAAGCGCUGACGGUCGGCGUGGGCACCGUAAUGGACGCCAAAGAGGUGAUGGUGCUAAUUACCGGCGCCCAUAAAGCCCUGGCCCUCUACAAGGCUGUGGAAGAAGGAGUCAACCACAUGUGGACCGUCUCGGCCAUCCAGCAGCACCCCCGUGCUCUCCUCAUUUGCGACGAGGACGCCACGUUGGAACUCAAAGUCAAGACGGUGAAAUAUUUCAAGAAUUUGUGGGACGUUCACAGCAAAUUAGUCGACCCGCUAGACGACGUCAAGACUCCAGAUGGAACCCAGGCCUAAAAGAAAAUAAGACAAAGAAAUGAUGAUGAUGACGAUAUGGAAGUUUCGCGACUCCGCCCGGAAUUCUGUAGAGAAAUUUAUAUAUGAUCGGUCCAGACAGCCUUUGUGUGUGUGUGUGUGUGUUCGCACCGUAUCACAUCCAGAUUUGUUUUUUAUUCAUGUUUUUUUUUAUUAUUAUUAUUAUUCUUUUUUAAAUUCAAAUCUCUAUAUUGAAUGUUUUAGAUGUGAUGUUACAAAAGAAUUGGAGAAGGACAACAUUUUUUUUUCUUUUUA